AAAUACCCCAACAUUUCUUUCUUUGUUCAUUAAUUUGAUAAAACAAAGAAGUAGAAGAAGAAGAAGAAGAAGAAGAAGAAGGAGAAGAGAAAAUGGGAGGCAACUUAUCACACAUUCAAGACUACUCCGAUGAUGAUUCGUCACGCGGAAAGAAGUCUCGCAUCAUGGCCUUCCAUUCCAAGGACCAAUGGAGCACUCACUUCAAUGCCUCCAAAGAAAGCAACAAACUGAUGGUGAUAGAUUUCACGGCAACAUGGUGUGGACCUUGUCGAGCCAUGGAGCCAACAUUGAAGGAGUAUGCUGAUAAAUACACAGACGUUGAGUUUAUCAAGCUGGAUGUAGACGAGUUACCGGAUGUGGCUAGGGAGUUUGGGGUGCAGGCAAUGCCUUCAUUUGUUUUUGUGAAGAAAGGGGACGUGGUUGAUAAGGUCGUGGGGGCCAGGAAGGAGGAACUCCAGAAGAAGAUUGAGAAACACAGGAAAUAAAAUAAAAAUAAUAAUGAAGAUUGAAGAAGGUUGAAGAAGCUUGAUGGCUGAUGCUCUGAGUCAAAUUGAGCUCGAUCGAUCGGGAAUAUAUGAUGAUGUGGAAAUAAAGCCAACAAAAAAAGAAGAAAAAAAAAAAAGGUGUCUCCAUCCCCUCUCUUUGUUUCUCAGAGGGGAGAGUGAAUAAAAUAUGAACCUAAAUUAUUUAAUUUUCAUGCAUGGAGUUAUGGUGUCUGUAGUUAUCAACUGUUAUUUCACUUUGAUUUUAAUUUGAAAUGGUAUGUGUCUUCUCUUCUCUUGCUCUCCU